AUGGACAGUUACAUUCCGGUGCCAUAUCGAAGCAAAUUGACGGAGUCGUUCGAACCCGGACAGACACUUAUCGUGAAAGGUAAAACAGCAGAAGAUUCUGUAAGAUUUACAAUAAAUUUGCAUAAUACAGCGGCAGACUUCAGCGGUAAUGAUGUACCGUUGCAUAUAUCGGUGCGCUUUGAUGAAGGAAAGGUUAGUCUUUCUUUUGACGCUGUUUUCGCCGAAAAGUCCUUUGCAGCUGAAAGUUGCAGUUUCUAA